CUCGUCCGGCCGCCUUCCCCUUCCCAUUUUCGCUCUUGAUCCCGGCCACAUUCCCGGGAUCGAUUCCUGGGAAAACCUCGGGAUCCAUGGAGGAGCCAUUCCCAGAGGAGCAGGACGAGGAAUAGCCGCGGGGUAAGCGGAACUCCUGGGAGAAUUUUGUCCGCUGGUAGAAAGACUGGGCUUGGAUGACAAUUUCUUGGAUAUCACGGAAUUGGUGGAGAAAAAACGCUGGGAGUCGGAGCCAUAUUCCCAAAUCCUGAUUUUUGACCACAUCUACAAGGAAGAAACUGUGAAUUUCCAGGAUCUCACCUGCAUCCGACAUUCUGGGCUCCGGAAUUGCUCAGGAAUUCUGAGAUCUCCUGAAAUCCCAUCUGGGAAUCACCGGAUGCUCCAAAAUUGCUUCCAGGAAAUUCUUGCCCAAAAUGAUUUUGGGAAUUUUCAAACCCGAUCAAAAAAUGCUGCUGCUGCCGAAAAUCACUGGGAAUUCUUAUCCAGCCUGGAUCACAUCCAGAAAAUUCCAGGAUCUUAUUCCUUAUUUUUUCCCUAAUUUUAUCCCAUUUUUUCCCUGUCCCCCCCCAUUUUUCCAGAUUUUUCCCAGCUUUUUAUUGAUCCCAUUUCCCCCCAUUUUCCAGGAUUUUUUCCACAUUUUUUCCCAUUUUUUCCCUUUUUCCCCCAUUUUUCCCCCAAGAAAUUUCAAAAAUUCUGGAUUUUCUUUCCCUGCAGCUCCAUGGAAAAUCCGGCCUUCAAAAUGUACAGUGGGAGUGUUCCUGGAUUAUCCCAGAGCAAAGAAGUACCAAAAAUUUCAAAAAAAUUCCCCAAAACUUCCCAAAAAAAUUCCCCCAAAAACGAAUUCCCAAAAAAUUCCAAAAAAAUUUUUUUAAAAAUUAAAAAUAUUAAAAUUUCCAAAAGUUCCACCAAAAUUCAAAAAAAAUCUCCCCAAAAUAAAAAAGCCUCAAAAUUUCCCAAAAAUAAAAAAAAUUGCAAAAAAAUCCUUAAAAAAUCCCCCCAAAUUUUGCAAAAAACCUCACAAAAUUUUAAAAAAUUCCCCAAAAUUCUGAAAAAAUCCCAAAACUAUUCCCCUCAAAAUCCCAAAAAAAUUCAAAAAAAAUCCCCAAAAAUUCAAAAAAUAUUCUGUCCAAAAUUCCCAAAAUCGUCCCCCCAAAAUAGAGUGGGAAAUGGGAAAAGAUUGAGGGAAAAAGGGAAAGAAAAGGGAAAAAAUGGAAAAAAUAGGGAGAAAAUGGGAGAUAAAUUGGAAAAAAAAUUUAUAAAGAGAAUAAGAAUGAGAUAAAAUGGGGAAAAAAAAGAGGAAAAGAUGGGGAGAAAUGGGAAAAAGGAGGUUAAAAGCUGGAAAUCGUAUAAAAUUAAAAAAAAUGGGAUUAAAAAUGGGAAAAAUGAGAAUAAAUUGUGAAAACCAAGAAAAAAUGAAGAGAAAUGGGAAAAAUGGGGGGAGAAAGGGAAAAAAAGGAAAAUUUGGAAAAACUCCAGGAAAAAAAAAAAGGAAAAAUUGGAAAAAAACCUGGAAAAAUGAGGGGAAAAGGGGGGGAAAAUGGGAUUAAAAAUUGGGAAAAAUGGGGGGAAAUCAGGGAAAAUGGGAAAAUAUUGGAAAAAUCGGGGAAAAUGGAAAAAAUCAGGAAAAAAUAGAGAAAAUGGGGAAAAUGGGAAAAAAACAGGACAAAAUGGGGAAAAAAAUGGAAAAAAUGGGGAUAAAAGCUAGGAAAAAUUAGGGGGAAAAUGGAAAAAAAUGGGGGAAAAUGGGAUGAAAUCCUGAUAGCUCUUGUCCUCUGGGAGUCCAGUGGGUAAGGGCUCCUGUGCUGUCCCAAAUCCCAGAUUAUAUCCAGGUGGGAAUGCUUGGCUCCUCCCCCUGGGUGGAGCAUCUCACAAUGGGCUGAUAUCAUUCCAUGAGUCAUGUAGGGGUCCUUGAUUGCCCAUUAAACAGAGAUAGCUCCCAGAGGGAGUUACCUAUGAGUCAUGGGCAAGGCCUUGAUAGCCCAUUAACAGAAGAUAGUCCAGAGGGAAGGCAAGGGAAACACUGCCCCACCUAGUUUCAACAGCUCCUGAAGGUGGUGAUAGACUACAUACUUUGGACAUAUCUUACAUUAUAACCUAGGACAGGGAAAAAUGGGAAAAAAUGGGGAAGAAAAUUGGAAAAAAAAAUCAGAAAUCAAGAGAAAAGAUGGGGGAAAUUGGGAAAAAUGGGACAAAAAGGAAAAAAUUGGGGGAAAAUGGGGAAGAAAUGGGGAAAAUGGAAAAAGAUGAGAAAAAAUUGCAAAAUUGGGGAAUUAUGGGGAGAAAAAAAAAUCUGAGAAAAAUCAGUAAAAACACGGAAAAAUGGGGAAAAUUGGGGGGAAUAGGGAAAAAAGUGAAAAAUGAGGGGAAAUGGGAAAAUUUGGGAAAAAAACUGAAGGAAUGGAGAAAAAUGGAAAAAUGGGGAAAAAAUGGGAAAAAUUGAGGAAAAAAUGGGAAAAAUUGAGGAAAAAUGGGACAAAAUGGGACAGAAAGGGAAAAAAUGAGGAAAAAUGGGAAAUGUGGGAAAUAGGGUUAUUUAAUUCAUGUUCUAUAAAUAAUUAUAGAUUGGGAACUGUAAUAUAUUGUAUAAAGGUAUGUGUGUUUGCUCAACCCGCACGUUUCACGAACUUCUGUAAAGCACCUCUCCUGAUCUUCCUGGUCCCAAAAAUAGAAGGUGAGAACACGAGGCACUGAUGACUUACCCCUGCCUACGUGCAGCUAAACUCAUCGGGACUCUCACCGAUCAAAUGCUACGUGCCAACAGGAUCAUCACACACUUCUAUGACAGUUACUCAAAGCAAGGACUAACUCUGGACAUUAGCAUUUGAAUGUGCCCGGGGACCCUUUUGGGAUUUAGUGUAAACAAAGUUAAUGGCCGAUGAUUAGUGAAACAAUGGGAGAAAGGUUGCUGAGGGGGAAGUUAAGGGUAUUUAAGUUGGGCCUUUAGGUGGGCAAAGGCGUGAAUCCGGUUAGAUACACCGACUGCCAGGUCCUGUGUCUCUGGGGUCACCCUUGGCUCUACUUUUCCCGGGAGAACUUCGGUCAAGUAAGUUUCGCUGUUCGUGGGGUUCGUAUUGUUUUGUUUUUAUUGUUUAAAAUUGUUAUAAUUUGAUUCUAAAUUUGUGAUUUGAAUGUUAAUAAACCAAAUUAUUGAAUUUGGCAAUAAAUUUGUCCUGGCGUUUAUAACAAUUUUGACGCCCAACAGCGGGGCCAGUUUUGAAUAUUCUACGGAUCCCUGCUUCUGACCGGGGGGCGCCCCGCUGUAAAAGCGGCCUGGCAGAGCGGGUAAGUCCGGAAGAACGAACUGGCUUCACGAACCCAGAACCCACAACAGCGAAGGUAUUAGGCGUUAGGACAAGCUAGCUUGGGGAGGGCUCGGGAACUCAGCAGGGGUUUUCCCCUGGAACCGCGGUAUUGUUUCACUCGUAAAAAUCUAAGUGCACGAAGAAUCCACGCAGGAAAAGGACCGUAAGUAUAGCGUGGUUGAGUGGGGGUGACCAAGUGCUUGAGAACGUGUAUGUGCGUGUGAGUGUGUGUGAAUGAGACGUGAUUUAUCACGAAGCGAGAGCGGACCUUAAGGUCGCGGUUCCGCUGCUCCCGCGAGGGACACGGCCGACCGACGGGGAAGCGAUUGGAACACGUGAUAUUUCGCUUCAUGUGUGAGUGUUACCCGACGGGGUGUGGGGGUCACCAGGGGGUCCUGAAGGAAAGAGGACGUCCCUUUUUGAGUUUGGGGACGAGUAAGCCUUCUUGACCGCGACCAAGUGGGGUCCGUCAAUUUUUUCGGUGGCGGUUACAGAGCCCUGCGGUUAACCGAACAUCCACGGAACGGUCAUCCGUUGGAUCAUUAAGUUAACGGCACCGAGUUCGGAAACUCGGGAUUUAAUUUUUUAGUAUCCCGUAGCUUCUGUGCCACGGGGAGUAUGGGAUCGUAUCUCAGUAGGGAUCGGGAGGAUGAUUUGUGGGAAGACUCGGCAGAGGUGGUUCCUGAGAUCCCAAGGGGAAGCCCCUUGGGAUGGAUGUUGGAAUAUUGGGACGAGUGUCCUGGAAGGAGGGAAAAAUCUAAGAAAAAGAUGGUUUACUUUUGCAUGGAAGUCUGGGGGGGAGAAAAGAUCGGGAAAUAUGUGGUUUGGCCGAUGCUUGGCACAUUCGAGCCAUGGACAUGCCAGGCCUUGUGUAAGUAUGUAAAGGAUAAGGAGGAUAGGGAGAUAGAUGAGCUAGAGUAUGCACGGUUGUGGGAGGGACCCCGGAUUGGGAUGUACCCGAUGAAAACAGGGAAAAAGGAGGAAUGGGACCCGCUGGACUACCUUCCACCCCCCUAUACCCCUUCGCCAGCACAAGUCCCAGCCUCAACACGGGAACCUGGUCCCGACCCCAAUCCACAGCCCGCUCAGGACCGCCUGGUAAUAGCUUCAGCACUGCCGCUGGAAACCGGGGUUCUGGGGGCGGAGGCUCCUGCCCCGCCGCUUGUCAGUCACCUUGAGGUCUCACCCCUCGAGGAAAAUGCGAUCUCUCUCCCCGGCCCGAGCCAGCGUCCGCGCCCGGAGCAAAAAUCCGUACUACCCUCCGCGAGUAGGAAAACUAGGUGGAGAGGUAGGAAAAUUGGUGAAGAAGAUAGCGAAACAGAAGAAGAAGGUAAGAGUCUUUACCCUUUGCGAGAAGUACCCACCGCCCCAGGGGUCAUUGGUUAUGUUCAUAUACCUAUUAAUUCUAUGGAUGUGAGAACUUUUAAGCGAGAAAUGGGAAAACUGAUGGAUGAUCCUUUGGGGGUUGCGGAAAGGGUUGAUGAGUUUUUGGGAACUAGUAUAUAUACCUAUGAUGAUAUCAUGGCAAUUUUGAGAAUCUUGUUUAAUCAAGAGGAAAGGGAAUUAAUCCGACAAGCGGGGAUGCGGGAGUGGGAAAGGCGGAAUCCUCAGGGAACCCCCGGAGACUUAAAGUGGCCCAGCCGUAGACCGGAGUGGGAUUCCCAAACAGAGGGCGGGCGGAGGAGCAUGAUGGAUCUAAGGAGUAUUGUUAUACAGGGCAUUAGGGAAGCGGUGCCUCGGGGGCAGAACAUCAGUAAAGCUAUGAAUGAAUGCCAGGGUAAGGACGAGGCGCCGACUGAGUGGUUGGAAAGGUUAAGAAAGAGCUUACAGAUGUAUUCAGGUACGGAUCCUAAUUCCCCUGCGGGAGAGAUGUUGCUAAAGGUUCAGUUUGUAGCUAAGUCCUGGGAGGACAUCAGAAGGAAAUUGGAGAAGAUUGAGGACUGGCAAGGGAAAGGUUUGCAGGAGUUGUUAAGGGAGGCUCAAAAGGUGUAUAUGCGACGGGAAGAGACGUUGCAAAGGACCCAGGCACACGUUUUGGUGACGGCUGUGAAAGAAUUCCAGGGCAAAGGACCAGCACAAAGGUCUGAAUUUGUGGAAAAAAACGGCGUUAAGGAAAAACCGGGAAGGUUUCCCCUGGGUCGACGAGAGGUCCGUAAGGAGGCUCCUCGGUGUUUUUACUGUGGGGAAAAAGGACACUUUAAAAGGGAAUGUGUUAAGAGGAAGAAGGAUGAAAAAAUGUUUAAAAGUGAAUAGGACACCCUUGGGCUUUUUUUUCUGGGGUCUGGUCCAUCUAAUGAGCAUAAGGUAAUAUUGAAAAUAGGCCCCUACGGAGAGGAGGUGGUGUUUUUAGUUGAUACGGGAGCUGAACGUUCUACGGUGAAGAAAUUACCAAAAGGUUGUUGUAAGAGUAAUGGUAUGGUAUUAGUGAUCGGAGCUAAGGGAGAACCCUUCAGGGUUCCUAUAAUUGAGGAGGUGAAGGUGGAAUUAGGUGAUAAAGCAUGUGUGAUUGAUUUAUUGUUGGUGGAGGAGGCAGAUUAUAACCUGCUCGGAAGAGAUUUAAUAGUAAGGAUGGGAAUAAAUCUCAUGGUAAAAGGUAUGGAUAUUGUGGUAAAGUUGUGUCUGCUGACUGAGAGGGACGAGAGACAAAUUGAUCCCUCAGUAUGGUAUACUCCAGGCAAAGGAGGAAUUAUAGACAUGGAUCCGAUUGAAAUAGAAAUACAAAGAUCAGAGGAUCCUAUCAGGGUGAAGCAAUAUUAUACCUCCCUGGAAGGGAGGAAGGGAUUGAAACCUAUUAUAGAAGAUCUACUCAAAAGAGGUGUCCUGGAACCCUGUAUUUCUAAACAUAACACUCCUAUCUUGGCUGUAAAGAAACCUGAUGGGAAUUAUCGAUUGGUCCAGGAUCUGAGGGCAGUAAACCAGAGAGCAAAAACUAAUUUUCCCGUCGUGGCAAACCCCUAUACCUUGUUAAACCAGAUAUCUCCUGAGGAUGUUUGGUAUAGUGUGAUAGAUCUGAAGGAUGCAUUCUGGACAUGUCCUCUGGCCGAAAACAGUAGGGAUUUCUUUGCUUUUCAGUGGGAAGAUCCGGACACAAAUAGAAAGCAACAAUUGAGGUGGACUACCUUGCCUCAGGGUUUUACUGACUCACCAAACCUGUUUGCCCAGGCUCUGGGAAAAUUACUUGAUCAGUUUGUCCCCGUAGAAGGGACAAAAAUUUUGCAAUAUGUAGAUGAUAUAUUGGUUACCGGGCCGGAGGAAGGUGGAGUCAGAUUAGGUACAAUAAAGCUUUUGAAUUUCCUAGGGGAGAAAGCAUUAAAGGUGUCUAAGUCAAAAUUACAGUUCACAGAGCAGGAGGUGAAAUACUUAGGGCACUGGUUGGUAAAAGGGAAAAAGAAGUUAGACCCAGAACGGAUAUCAGGAAUUAUUGCUAUGCCACCGCCGCGCUCGAAACGGGAGGUCUGACAAUUGCUGGGACUCCUAGGGUAUUGUAGGCAAUGGAUUGAAGGGUACAGCGAGAAGGUUAAGUUUCUUUAUGAGAAGCUUACCACAAAUCGGGUAAAAUGGAAUACACAGGAUGACUUAAGGUUAGAGAACCUUAAGGGAAUAUUGGUGUCAGCCCCGGUGUUAAGUUUGCCAGAUAUAAACAGGCAAUUUCAACUAUUUGUGGAUGUUAGCAAUCAUACAGCGUAUGGAGUUUUAACACAGGAAUGGGCGGGGGCCAGAAAACCGGUGGGGUAUGUAUCAAAGUUAUUGGAUCCCGUCAGCCGAGGGUGGCCGACAUGCUUACAGGCAAUUGUGGCCGUGGCUUUAAUGGUGGAGGAAGCCAAGAAGGUAACUUUUGGUGCUCCCCUGAUAGUAUAUACUCCUCACAAUGUCCGGAGCCUAUUACAGCAACAAGCCGAUAAGUGGCCCACAGAUUCCCGAUUGUUAAAAUACGAAGCAAUCUUGAUUAACUCCCCCGAGCUAGAGCUCCGUACAGCCGCAGCUCGAAACCCCGCCCAGUUUCUGUUCGGGGAAGGGUCCGAAGAAUAUAGCCACAACUGCUCUGAGAUUGUUGAAUUACAAACAAAAAUACGGCCUGAUUUAGAGGAAGAAGAGCUGGAGGAAGGCGAGAAGUGGUUUGUAGAUGGAUCUGCACGGGUUGUGGAUGGAAAGCGGAAAACGGGGUAUGCUAUUGUCGAUGGAAAGACGGGAAAGGUUAUUGAAUCAGGACCUCUGGGUGCUGACUGGUCAGCCCAAGCGUGUGAAGUGUUUGCGGUUCUACAAGCUCUAAAAAGGCUUAAAGGGAGAACCGGGACCAUCUUCACUGAUUCUAAAUACUCUUAUGGAAUAAUACACACUUUCGGAAAAAUCUGGGAAGAAAGGGGGCUGAUCAGCACCCGCAGGAAGGGAUUGAUACAUGGUGAAUUGAUUCGGCAGGUUCUGGAAGCAGUCAGGGGACCAAAAGCAAUCGCGGUGGUGCAUGUAAGGGGCCAUCAGACUGGUGCUCAGUUUAGGACUCGUGGAAACAAUUUGGCAGAUCAUGAAGCAAAGAGGGCAGCUCUCCUCUCAGUAAAGACCCUGGAGAUAAAGGAAAGUAACCCUCAAGAAUACCCCUGUCGGCUAUCUGAGGAGGAGGUUAAGGAAUAUAGCCGACUGGGAGCCAAGCAGGAGGAGGGGAAAUGGAAGUUGCCUGACGGGAGGGAAUUGAUAUCUAAGGAAUAUACUAGGAAGAUAUUGAAUAGAUUACAUGCCCAAACUCAUUGGGGCUCACAGGCACUAGCGGAACACUUCUUAAAAUUCUUUGGCUGUAAAGGGAUAUACGAAUUAGCAAAACAGGAGGUACUGGGCUGCAUUGUAUGUCAGAGAAUAAACAAAACAAGGUCCAAACACCAUCCUUGGGGAGGGCGACCUUUAGCUUACCGCCCUUUUGGCAGGGUGCAAAUAGAUUAUACCAAACUUCCAAAGGUGGGAAGGUAUAAAUAUUUAUUAGUAAUAACGGAUCAAUUCACUCGCUGGGUAGAGGCUUUCCCGAGUUCAAAAGCCACUGCCCAAGUAGUGGCUAAGGUAAUCUUGGAAGAAAUUAUUCCCCACUAUGGUAUUAUAGAUUAUAUAGAUUCAGACCAGGGCACGCACUUUACUUCAAAGGUUAUAAGGCAUUUGGCUGACGCUUUGGGAAUACGGUGGGAUUAUCACACCCCUUGGCAUCCUCAGAGCUCAGGGAGAGUUGAGCGAAUGAAUCAGACUAUAAAGGCUCAGUUAGCUAAGUUAAUGUUUGAAACAAAAAUGACCUGGAUAAAAUGUUUACCUCUAGCUUUACUAAAUAUAAGGACGAUGCCAAAUUCCCAGGGAGGGCUAUCCCCAUUUGAGCUGCUAUACGGGAUGCCCUAUGAACAUGGUAUGCCAGUGGGACAUCCUCAAGUGGAGGACUCGCAGCUGCAGCCAUAUUUGGCUGCUGUCAAUAAAAAUUUACAAGAACUGAGGAAAAAAGGAAUAAUUCUACAGAGUACCCCCUUGGGAUUUGCUAUUCACGAUAUACAACCAGGAGAUAAAGUACUGAUAAAAGCUUGGAGGACGGUGUCACUAACCCCUCAUUGGGAGGGACCCUUUCUUGUCCUUUUAACUACAGAUACAGCCAUCCGAACAGCUGAAAGAGGCUGGACACACGCCUCCAGGGUUAAGAAACUAACAGCCCCGAGGGAAAACCCCGAAUGGAAGGUCAUCUCUUCCCCCGGAGAUCUGAGGGUCCGGCUGCACCGAGGAUGCCAACGCCCUGGAAACAUUAAGCCGCAGCCUAAAGGAGCCUCAAAAGAAACUUAAAAACCACUCGACAAGGAGGACUAAGAGAGGGAAGGGUAACCAGAAGGAAGGUAUUUCUCCUUGGCCAUGCAAUCUUAGAAAUUAUGGUCUGCUGGGAAUAGUGUGGGUUAAUCUGGCAAAUACCUGGAAUUCGGCCGGCGGGGGGGGUAGAGUGCAAAAAGCAUAGAAGCGGAGAAAUAGAUCCAGUGAAGCUCCUAUUGGGACAAAGGGCAACUCAAGCUGUCCAGGGAAAACAACCCAGCAGAAAAUGAAGGAAGGAACAGGAAGGGGGUCCAGGCAACCUGUCCCUGCUGUAAGAAGAACCCUACACCGGCCGUUGGUUGCAACCCAAUGGGCUUUGGUACGAACAGAGGAACUUGUUUGCGGACCUUCCCUACUGAUCAUAAGCUUACAAAGAGUCAGUACUAUGAGACUGUACUCAGCCGGUGGAUUCCUGGAAAGGACGGUCUUAAAGUUGACAUAAUGUCUAAAAUGGAGCACCCUAAAAGGGAAUCUGGAUGAGGGAAGAAAAUUGGUUAAAAGAAACUUCAGCCCACAAACCUUGUCUAAGAUUUAUGGCCAGAAAUACUCUCUUCCUUCAAGAAGGACCCUCCCCUCAGAAGGAACCCAGAAGGGAGUGGUAAUCAUAUGCAACCUGGCUCAAAUAGCAAAAAGCUGGAAUGAAUUUCUAAUCAGGUACCAUCUGGGAAAAGGAUGUAAAUAAACAACGAUAGAGGAAAACAAUUAGGCUAAAUACAAAACAUGAAUUAAAAUUGUUGACAAAAGAAAAGAAAUGGGGGAGUUGUGGGAAAUAGGGUUAUUUAAUUCAUGUUCUAUAAAUAAUUAUAGAUUGGGAACUGUAAUAUAUUGUAUAAAGGUAUGUGUGUUUGCUCAACCCGCACGUUUCACGAACUUCUGUAAAGCACCUCUCCUGAUCUUCCUGGUCCCAAAAAUAGAAGGUGAGAACACGAGGCACUGAUGACUUACCCCUGCCUACGUGCAGCUAAACUCAUCGGGACUCUCACCGAUCAAAUGCUACGUGCCAACAGGAUCAUCACACACUUCUAUGACAGUUACUCAAAGCAAGGACUAACUCUGGACAUUAGCAUUUGAAUGUGCCCGGGGACCCUUUUGGGAUUUAGUGUAAACAAAGUUAAUGGCCGAUGAUUAGUGAAACAAUGGGAGAAAGGUUGCUGAGGGGGAAGUUAAGGGUAUUUAAGUUGGGCCUUUAGGUGGGCUAAGGUGUGAACCCGGUUAGAUACACCGACUGCCAGGUCCUGUGUCUCUGGGGUCACCCUUGGCUCAACUUUUCCCGGGAGAACUUCUGUCAAGUAAGUGUCGCUGUUCGUGGAGUUCGUAUUGUUUUGUUUUUAUUGUUUAAAAUUGUUAUAAUUUGAUUCUAAAUUUGUGGUUUGAAUGUUAAUAAACCAAAUUAUUGAAUUUGGCAAUAAA